UAGAUCACCGACCCGUCCUGACACUGAGACAGGACAGACACAAACACAUCAAACUUUAUUCAAAAACUCUUUUACGACGUCACCUGAGACCAAUAAUCAAUUAUUUUUAUUGAAGAAAAACUUUGCUGACAGAAAACUUUGAGAAGUUGAAAUUACUGACCGACGACCAGCAGAACCUUUUGGAUUUUGUUGGGAUUUUUGUUUUAAAUUUAAUUUUUUUUGUUGGAUUAUUCUCUUCGUCUCUCUGUGUCAAUGGCUACUUCGUCCUCCUCCUCUUUCGUUCCUCUCCUCCUCCUCUUCCUCACCGUCGCCGUGGAGUCGAGACCUUCACCUCAACGAGACGACACAAAGGUCUUACACUCUCUGUUCGGCUCUCGUCUCUCCUCGCUCAUCUUGGCCCCGCCCUUCUCCGAUGACAUCGCAGAGGGCUCAGCCGGGCACCCCGACCCCUCCUCCUCCUCCUCCUCCCCUCCCUCCUCAUUGGCUGCGGGUCGUGGAGCCGCGAGGGGAUUGGCUGGCCGACAGGAGGCGGUCCCACAGUUCUUCCUUGACUUCCUGCAGCGUCAGUCUAAAAUGAGGAGGCGGAGCAGGAAGUCGAUGGUCGGAGGGAGAGGAUGCUUCGGGAUGAAGAUGGACCGCAUCGGCUCCAUCAGCGGGCUGGGAUGUUAGAGACGUGUGUUACCAUGGUGACAGCUCGCCGGUACAGUGGUCCUCUAUGUUGCCGUGGAAACCAAUCGUGACUUAUUUCCUACCUGCGUUUUGUGGCUUUUUUGAACUUUGUGAUGUCACAGCAGGUGACCCCAAGCUGACCCUGCGUGACCUCUGACCCCAGGGACCACCUGGUGGAGACUCCAUGUUGGAACUUUACUAAUGAAGGACUAAUUUAAAGGAACAUACAGCUGUUCUAGUGAGGUAGACACAGGUAGAGACAUCCUACUAAUGACCUCUGACCUCUGACCCCUGGCUACAAUACAGCCAGCAGAGAGUGUGUGUGUGUGUGUGUGUGUGUGUGAGAGAGAGAGAACCAGUGUGAGAACUAUAUCACAGCUUUCAGGGGGCUCAUAUUCUGAUAUAUUCUGAUAUAUUCUGAUGUGUUCUGAUAUGUUCUGAUAUGUUCUGAUAUUUUCUGAUAUAUUCUGAUAUUUUCUGAUAUAUUCUGAUAUUUUCUGAUAUAUUCUGAUAUGAAGUUAAUGAUUUUGGGUUGUCACGCUUCAGUUGUGAUGGAAAGUACAGAAGUAUACUUUUUAAAGUGAACGUGCACAAACCAUUCAACAAUAAUAAGUUUAAACAUAAUCCAAAAAUAGAAAUGUAAAUACAGCAUAUUGAUCAGUCAGGAACGGAAAUUCAGCCCAUUUUUUUAUGAAUUCUCUCACUUUCUGUGCAAUUUGGUUGCAAAAAAAUGGCUAAAAACAUCUCAACAUGCAUCUGAAUUUACUAGAAAGAAAGCAAAAAAAUCCCCCAGAUUUUGUGAUUGUUCAGCCUUAAAAUGUUUUAUUAAGAGGAGCCGAGAUCCUGGUGUAGUUCGCACCCUGGAGACGACCAUGUGUUUAACAUGCAGGUGUGUGUGUGUCUGUGUGUGUGUGUGUGUGUGUGUUUGGACCACUUGCAGUCUGACUGCAGGACGCAAUACAAUAAAAGAGAAAAUCCACUUGG